AGAAGAAGAAUAUUAUGGCUGCCAGUGAACGACAACAAGCCGGUGAGGGGAGCAUCCUGGAGCCUCUGUGUUUCCCAGAGCUUUCAGCUGAAAGUUGCAGUCUUCCCAGUGAGCAUUGUUCCAGUGCUGAGCUGCUGCUGCUGUGUCUUUUCUGUUCGGAGUCAUUCCCGCUGGUGCAGAAGGAGCAGCUACUCAAACACCUGGUGCUGGAGCACAAGUUGGUCAUUGCUGACGUCAAACUCAUCGCAGACCUCCCUAAGUACGUCCUAUACUGGAAGGGCAGAUUCCUGGAGCAACCAGUCACAGAUUUCUGUAGUGUGAUCAAGACCAACUCCACUGGUCCAGCUGAGAAAUGGGAAGAAUACUUCUUGCUGUGUGACGUCCUUCCAGAAGACCGAAUCCUCAGAGAGAAUCUCCAGCAGAAACGGCUGGAGGAGGUGCUGGAGCAGCAGCAGCAUGAGAGAGAUGCCUGCACCUUCCAGCGACUCUGCAUGUUCUGCAAUGAAGAGUUCAGUGGAAACAGGUCAUCACUGCUCAACCACAUGGCCAGAGAUCAUUCCUUCAGCAUCGGGCUGCCGGACAACAUCGUCUACUGUGACGACUUCUUGGACACUCUGCAGAGUAAACUGGACAAACUGCAGUGUUUGUACUGUGAGAAAACAUUUCGAGAUAAAACCACUCUGAAGGAUCACAUGAGGAAAAAAGCUCACCGCCGCAUCAACGCCAACAACCGAGAAUAUGACCGCUUCUACGUCAUCAACUAUCUGGAACUUGGAAAAACCUGGGAAGAUGUUCAGAGUGAAGAUGACCGUGAGAUGGUGGAUGAUGAUGAUGACGACUGGUCAGACUGGCGAGCUCAUCCAGUCUCUGCUGUGUGUCUGUUCUGUGAUCAUCAGUCAGAGACGAUGGACCAGAUCUACACACACAUGAAGGGUGUACAUGCCUUUGAUCUGCAUCAGCUUAGGACACAACUCAACCUCAAGUUUUACCAGCAGGUCAAGCUAGUGAACUUCAUCCGGCGUCAGAUCCAUCAGGGCCGCUGCUACGGCUGCCAGGAGAGGUUUGACUCCAAAGCUGACGUCAUGCAUCACAUGGUCUCUGAGGAGCACGUCAUGAAACUGCCCGAGAUGUCCACCUGGGAUCAGCCACAGUACUACUUCCCCACAUACGAGAACGAUGCUCUCCUGUGUACUCUGACUGACAGUGAUGAAGACGGUAAUGACGAGGCAGAUCAUAGUGGUGACAUCCCUGUCAUCUCAGAGGACAUCUCCAACCUCAGGUCACUGAGACAGAGCAGCGUCCUCAACCAGCUGCUGAAGAGCAGAGGAUCCUACCGCUGAAAUCAUGGCUGGACUAGGGGGAGUAGGAUAACUCUUCCUCUCACUGGACUUGCUGUGUACACGUGGAUAACAGCACAUUUCUCUGAGGAUAAUGGAGCAGUACAAUAGUGCUUCCUGAGAGUGAAAACAGACGCUUAGCCCCAACAACAAGGAUUUACGUUGCCAGAAGAUUGAACAACGCUCAGGUGCUGUUCAGAUCUGAAGCUGCUAAUUGUUUCCAUUCAAAUAAUAAAUCACAACCAGUAUCACAUUUAUUCAUCAGGUUUGUGGAAAUCAAUGAGGAAUCUCAUUCAGUAGACUUUGUCUCUUAAGGUUCAAUUUGAAAGAAAAAAUAAUUAAAAAACUAAGUAAAAAGCCACAGUAAUGAAAAGAUAUGAACUCUUUACAAGACGGAACCGAUAUUUACAGAUAUGAAGAAAUAUUCAACCCUCUAUGGGCCUGAUUUACUAAAGGUUUGCGUGCGUAAAAACGUGUGCAAACUUGACAUCACCCGCAAACCAAUGUGCAAGCUGAUCUACUAACAGCGUGCAAAGAGGACUGCGCCUCUCAAAUGAGCAAAAUAGCACACGCUAUUCAUUUAGUACUUUUGCCCUGAUGAAUAAUCAAUAUGGGGCGUAGCCGCCAGAAAGCGCUAAAUACUGGGAGGGGAAAAUGCUAAUAGGGUAAUUUACCACACGCAAUGAGAUUUACCAAGCCUGAAAGUAAUUGCGGGGAUUGUGAUUGCGUCUGUAUUUAAUACGUUCGAAAGGAAGGUGCUAAUCUGCCCAGCAUUACGCACCGAUGGCUGCUGUUAUUAUGGCAAGGAGUCGACAUCGCCAAAAUCAAAGAAUAGCAGAGA